GGGUAUAUCUACGAUGGCAGGUUUGGGAACUGGCUGCCAUUCGGGAAAGGUGCUGACGUGGGCCUCCGCGCUCUUUUCACUUGGAAGCGGGUGGCCCCAACUAGGCCUGGGGCGCGGCCACACCCCUGUGGGGGAGGGGAGAGAGGCCUCCUUAAAGGGAGUGGACAGCCCCCCUGUCAGUCUUCCCGAGUCGGGGAGUGUAAACUGAGAAGGGAGAAGGUGGGCCUCACCCCGGGGAGCGCGAGGAGGAACUUCCUGCCUGUGCGCUCCACCGCACUGGGCGCGCGCCGCGUCAAGGUCAGUCUUGGAGGGGUGGCAGCCUGCCUGGGGGCGGGAGACCCUCCGGGGGGGCCGGGCCGCAGUCUCCCAGCGCCUCGGCCAUAUUGAAUAGCCCCGGCUGAGCCGUCUUUGUCUGGGAAGCGGUCUCGCAAGUUCCAGCCGCCCCUUUGGUGCCUGGGGCAAGACGAACCACCGUGCACUCCAACUUGGAGCAGCUUUCCAGCUUUGCGCGGGCUUGAAGCCUCGGGACAGAUUCCUCGCCAGCUCACGUAAGCGUCGUGGGACUUCAUUUCCACCAGCCUUUUUUGGGGGGAGCAGACUUGGCCAAGGCCGGCCUGGUGGCAGACAAAGUGGGAGGGGGUGGCUCGUCCCUGGCUGGGGAGGUGAGACCUUCCGGGCAGCAUUGUUGGCACUCCCCACCUAAGGCUACAGACUGCGUGACGUUGGGGUCCUUAGCCCCACAUCCCGGAUUUCACCCUGGAGAUCUUAAAGACCCUCGAGAAAAGCCACGUGGGGGGCUGGUUCCCCUGGGGCUUCCUGCCGUCGCCGGACUGCCUAAUCCUAUGGAGCGUCCCCGACGUCUGCAAGGAUGUGGACUUGGAUGUCCUCGUGGAAGCCUUGAAGCCCGUGGGGACCUUUAAGAAGAUCGGCAAGGUAUUCCGCAGGGAGGAAGACUCUACGGUGGGGAUGCUGCAGAUUGGGGAGGAUGUCGACUAUCUGCUCAUCCCCCGGGAGGUCCGGCUGGCGGGCGGUGUCUGGAGGGUCAUCUCCAAGCCCGCCACCAAGGAGGCGGAAUUUCGUGAGCGGCUGACCCAGUUCCUGGAGGAAGAGGGCCGCACCCUGGAGGAUGUGGCCCGCAUCAUCGAGAAGAGCACCCCGCACCCGCCCCAGCCCCUCAAAAAGCCCAAGGAGCCCCGAGUGCGGAGGAGAAUUCAGCAGAUGGUGACGCCUCCGCCCCGUCUGGUCGUUGGCACGUAUGACAGCAGCAACGCCAGUGACAGCGAAUUCAGCGACUUUGAGACCUCCAGGGACAAGGGCGGCCACGGCUCGGGCCGGGCCCGGAGGGUUCGAAAAAUGCCGGUCAGUUACCUGGGCAGCAAGUUCCUGGGAAGCGACCAGGAGAGCGGGGACGACGAGGAGCUGGUGGAGGCCUUCCUGCGGCGCGGGGAGAAGAAACCUAGCGCGGCCCCUGCCCGCCGCCGGGUGGCGCUGCCCGUGCCAGUGGCCGAGGACGACCCGCCCCAGCUCUCCAAGGCCGACAGGUGGCGCGAGUAUGCCAGCCAGGUGUCCUGGGGGAAGCUGAAGCGCAGAGUGAAGAGCUGGGCGCCCAGGUCUUUGCCGGGCGUGGCCGAUACCCAGCAGCCCGUGUCCAGGGUGGAGAGUGACAGGGCGUCAGGGCCAGGCUGCGCCAGCCGGGGGGAGAACGCGGGAAACACAGGAGAUGGACGGCAAGCCGGGACCCUCCCACGACGGUGGCGGCCCAAGAUCAGCUGGGGUUCGUUGAGGCGACGCCGGAGGGAGGAGGUAGCAUCCAUAGCUCAGGGGGCAGAGGUGCUGGGUGACCAGAGGAUAGAGGUCCCAGUUGACCGGAGAGCAGAGGUCCCAGCUGACCAGGUGGCAGAGGCCAUAGCUGACCAGAGGGUAGAGAUCCCAGUUGGCCAGGGGGCAGAGGUCCCAGGUGACCAGGGGGCAGAGGUCCCAGGUGACCAGGGGGCAGGGGUCCUGGGUGACCAGAGGGCAGAGGUUGAAGCUGACCAGGUGGCAGAGGCUGCAGCUGACCAGAGGGCAGAGGUCGCACCUGACCAGAGGGUAGAGGCAGCAGCUGACCAGGUGGCAGAGGUUGCAGCUGACCAGGUUGCAGAGGCUGCAGCUGACCAGGCGGCGGAGGCCCCAGAUAUCCAGGGGGCCCCAGGGGCAACCCCAGGAGCCAGAGCCCGGAAACAGGUCAAGACAGUGAGGUUCCAGACCCCUGGACGUUUUUCAUGGUUUCGCAAGUCACGGAGAGCCUUCUGGCACACACCCAGGCUGCCAACCCUCCCCAAGAGAGUCCCCAGGGCAGGCGAGGCCAGGAGCCUCAGAGUGCUGAGGGCCGAGGGCAGAGCAGAAGCGGAGCAGGGAGAUCAAGAAGACCAGCUGUGAGGGCGAGGGCGGGGGCCCUGUGGAGCACCCCUUGCCACAUUCUGCAUUAUCAGCCACUUGGGCAUGUCCUUACCCCUCCCAGACCUGGACUGAGAUGGUUUCACUCUCUGCUUCUGCACCUGAAAAUCCAAGGGACAGAGAGAGAGGGGGCGAGACAACGCCUCUAUAUUUCUACCUGACAACCUUCUUCCUUUUUCUGUUAAAAUUUUCUCUCUCGUGUAUUCAUUUUUUUAUACCCACUCCUUAUAGCAACUCAAGGAAUGUAAUGAGAAAAAUCGAUACAGCGGGGUUGCAGCCAGGUACUUUUAAUUCCCUAGGUGCUCAUUUUAAAAAGGGGAGCGAGACGGGGCGAAAUUCAUGGCUUCUCCCCUUUUGCUGGGUGAUUGACAUUUGCUGUCUCUUUGAACUUCAAAAGAGGGCUCAAGCUGACCUGCAAGUGAAAACAUUAAAAAAAAAAAACUUAGAUUUUGGCUUUGGACUUGACAACUGAAGAAUGCUCGAGGGCUAUUUGGUCAUGUGCCCUCACUGUCCCCCUCACUCCCAUCCUCAAUGAUAAUGACCAUGGUUACUUUGGUCCCCUGGGCUCUGCUGGUUUGAAGGGUGUAGGGCCCAUGGUUUAUGCCCUUCAACCUGUCCUUGGCUGUGAGGUUGGGGGCCAUAAGUGUGCAUACAAAUCACCUGGGGAAUGUGUUCAAAAUGCACAUUCCUGAACCCUUCACACCACAGAUAUGAAUUUGCUAGUGUGGCCCAGGAAUCUAUUUUGAUCCAGCUCUUAUGGGCUUUACCCAGGGCAGCUUGCACACUUGCCAUUCACUGGCCGUGUGGAAGAGACAUUGCCAUAAGAACAGGCUCAAAAUUGGGGCAUGGGGUGGCAUGCUGACGUUGAUAAUGGGGGUAUGAUGUCAUGUGCUAUGACUGAUACUUACCAUCAGGGAGAAAUUGGGGAGGUGAGGCCCCGUGAGGCUGGGAGGGAUCUCUGUAUGACCUUAUGCCCACCCUGCUCAACCAGCGAAAAAGAGCAAAUGGCCACAAAAGAGCCUCACUGGGGAAAAGAAGGUGGAGGAGGGAAGCAGAAGGCCAGCUCUGCCCUCCUGAUUGUGGCUGCAGGCCUUGCCUGGAUUUUUUUUCCCCCUUGAUACCUAAAAGAAUUAUAUCCCUUUCUUUAUUUCCAGGAGCCCCUGGGUGGCGCAAAGGGUUAAACACUCGACUACUAACCAAAAUGUUGGCGAUUCAAACCCACCCAGAGGUGCCUCGGAAGACAGGCCUGGGAGUCUGCUUCCGCAAAAUCAGCCACUGAAUGCCCUGGCACACAUAGGGUUGCCAGGAGUUGGAGUCAAUUCAACGGCAACUGUUUGGUUGGGUUUUUUCCCCCUUUUUCUUUUUCCCUGUCUGUUUUCUAAAAGGAAAUGGCUACUGAUAAUGUGGCUCACUGCCUGACAUGGUGUGUUGCUGUCUAGAGCUGCUUUGUGCUUGGUGGUGGACCCUGGGCCUGUGUGGCCCACAGCUGGCAACCAGGCAGCAAAAGAGGCCAGUGGGCUUUGCAAGAAGGGGCGAGGCAUGGGCCCCACCUAGAGAGGUGGACUGAGCGGAGGCAUGGGGUGGGGAGGACGCAGGUGCAGCCAAGCCAGGUGGGGAGAUAGCUCUGAAGCCACUGAGGAGGUUAGGAAGGGGGAGGCUGUCCUUCUCCGUGCCCACCUUGGAAAACGGUGGAACCAAGGGGGCCUGGUCUCUGCAGACCUGGAAGGUGAGAGGAGAUGGGAGCAGCAGAGACCACGGGAGAGACUGAGAGAUGGGAGAAGAGGCAGGGCUUGAUGAGGAAUGAUACUGUGCCUUUUUUGUUCAAUAAAGUCUGCUAGAAGCCAGCUGACUGAGCGUCUCUGCCCUUCCCGGGAUGACUCAUGGGGGCCUGGGGAGGGAGAGGAGUGUGGACCCCAAACAAUGGGGGCAAGACAGAUUAGCAUGAAGCUGCGUGGAUGUCACGAACGUCAGCUGCCCAUGACAAGCCUGGGACAGUGCCCUACGAGGGUCCAGCUCACACUUCCUCACUGCAACACACACGCACAUGCACACAACAUAGAAGCAUGACCCAACACAAGCAUGUGCUUACAUGCACAUACAGACACACAAGCAAGCCCAGAUACAGGCACACAAAUGCAGCCACAGCACACACACACACACAGAUACAGGCAUCACCCUUAUUUGGCACACACUGGCAGACGUACUCAUAAGCAUGGGCAUGUUAUGUUGCCCCACACACACAAAUACAUGGACACACGUGUAAUGCUCACUUCCACAGGCACACAUACUCAGGCUAGCUUUUACCUCCGCAUGGCAAACUUCCAUACCCACACAUCACAGUCUCGCCCAUUCAGACACCCCUGUACUUACACAUUCCAACAUUUAUACCCACUCACAAGGAGCCCAGGUAGCGCAAGAGUUAA